AUAAUGUGUGUUAUGUUUUAGUAGUUUUAUUACCGACGUUAUUGUUCGUUCUUUCGUAUAUUUUCUUUGUGGUACUUCCAGGUAUGCUAUAACUCGUCUUAGCGCCCGCAAUUCUAAAUAUCUUCUUCAUUAUCUACCUACCUCAAUCACAUUUCAUUUUGGUUUGCAAUUGAGAAGUAAAUUUUUCACAUAACACGAUCUCAGAGGCAUAUCAAAAUCAAAUUCAUUUUGGCGCCAAUAAUAACCCAUGGAUUCGCGGUAAACUUAUUACAAAACAAAAGAGUAUGGCCGCCAAGUUCCCCUUUCAUAAAACUUCCUGUGAUUGGUCCAAUACGCUACUUCAGUGCGCAUGCGUGCCGUGAACCCCUGAGUGAAGUUUGUAAAAUCAUUACAGUCAGUACUAGACAGCUGUCAAACGGUCGCGCGCGUGACAUACGAGCUACAACAAAGAUGGCCUCUUUAAAAGAUUUAUUAGUCGACGUCGACGACGAUAUGUCGAACGAUACGGACGUCGUCGAGUAUAUAGACAGCGUCGACGAGGACGAAGACAGCGGCGAAAAACGUCCCAUCAUGCUAUUACUGCGGUGCCUCAUCCGUAACAAACAAAAUACAGUCAUGACAAACGCUCAGAUCAUAGACAUUCUAGACAAAGAAUUUAAUAUUAACGUUCAUGAUAUUCAUGAGCUAGAAGUUGAUAUAUACAUCAAAAUAAUAAAGAAAUACCUAAAAGACUGGCCACAGUGGGAGGAACUAGAGCGAAUGUCAACGAAACUUAAUAAAAUAAAUGAUUCUGAAGCUGUAUCAAAAGUUCUGGACCAUAAAUACAAAAAUUUGAAAGAAUACCUUGGAGUUAUGCUAGAAGCUGCAAAACCUUUAGCUAGUGAAGCAGUAAAAAGUAUAGCUACAACGAGAGAGUCUAAAUCUGAGGAAAAUACAGAAUCCGAUGUUGUCAUGGAGAUACAAUGCACAAGACAACAAUUAAACCAUUUAUUCUUCAGGAAACCGCGGCUAGAUCUUAACAACACAGUUUUCAACAUGAGCCCAGAGCAACCGACACAAAUAUCCUUAAGAAGUGUUCCCUUUGACAUGAUAUUUGGGUACUUACCUAUAAAAAUAACAGUUAAUGGACCAUGCCUAUCACUAACAAGGGAACUGUUGUACAAUCUAAAGCAUGUAUUAGUUAACAAAGCCCGUAUACACAACAGUCCUCCACAAAACGUUUUCCUGAACACCGGACUACAAGUGCGGGCGAGAUCGAAAGCCGUGUAUUGCAAUAAGAACUUCCUUCUAAAAACUAUAUCCGAUAUCUUAGAAAAGUGUAAGAGUGAAAACGAUUUGUUCUUCGAGGUUGCCCUCGCUGUGUUUGACGCUAUCAUAAGAGAUCUGAAACAUUUACCCAAAUCAAUACGGGUACAGAGUCCGUACAGAAAAUAUAUGAACAAAUACAAGUAUGUUAGACAUCUCUUCGUUGAUAACCCAAAGAGUCGAGAUGAUAGAUAUGAUUUGCAGUUGGAAGAAACGCUGUCACCGAUGUACCAACUACAUUUGAAGAAAAUGCCCGAAGUUUGUACUGAAAAGCCAACGAGAGCUUGGUUCCGGAUUGAGUGUGCGGUGUGUUCGGUUAAAAUUAGUGAACAGAAUGUACAAGAAGCAUUAUUGCUACAUUAUACAAACUGUCACCAGAAUGAUCCUGACUGGCAGUGCAUGAAUUGUAAAAAGAUUUUCUCCGUAGAGUUUUUAGCUCGGAAUAGAUUUAUGCAUACAUGUUGAGAGGACUAUGUAAUAUUUUUUUAAUGGUUUUGUUUAAAUGUUUGGCAGUGUUGUUUCCAAUGAACGAUUAUUUUAUUUGUUUGGACUACAAAAAUUUGUACUGUAAAAAAAACAGCAUCAAAUAUA